AUGGAUAAUGAAGAUCCAUAUACUCAUCUCUCUACAUUCUAUGAAUUGAUAGGAACCAUAGGCUUUCCAGAAGGAGAUCUUGAGCAUAUGUGUUUGUUUCCUUUUUCUUUGGUAGGUAAAGCAAAGGAAUGGCUUAAGUCACAUUCAAAUCAGAGCUUGAACAACUCGAAGGAUGUUGAGGAGAAAUUCUUGAACAGAUUCUUUCCACCAUCUCACUACAUCAAAGCCAAAGCUGAUAUUUUGACUUUUAGGCAAGGACCAGAUGAGCCAUUCUGUGAAGCUUGGGAGCGGCUCAAUUCUUUAUUGAGGAAAUGCCCAAAUCACAGAUUUGAAGAUAUUGCUCAGUUGAACAUAUUUUGUAACGGUUUGAGGCCUGAUACCAAGAUGAUAUUAGAUGCAACAGCAGGUGGAACAAUGAUGAGUGUAGAUGCGGAGAAAGCAACAAGAAUCAUUGAGGCAUUAGCAUCCAUAGAUCAUCAAGCUCAGCAUAAUAGGCAAAUUGUUCAAAGGAAAGGAGUGUUUGAUCAUAGUACUACAGAUUCGAUCUUAGCUCAGAAUAAAAUUCUGACUCAACAAAUUGAAACACUAACGAAGCAGAUGUUUAAAUUACUAGAGCAGUUGCAAGUUGUGCAAUCUUCUCCUAGUCAACAACCCAUGAGAUGUGACUUUUGUGGAGGCGAUCAUCCAACUGGUCAUUGUUCUUAUCAAAGUACCUCACAAAGAGAAGUUCAAUAUGUGAGUAACCAAGGAAGACCAAGAAAUUUCUCCAACAAUAAUAACUUUUCACAGGGGUGGAGAAACAAUCAAAAUCACAAUUUUGGAUGGAAGCAAGAUGCUGGUCCUUCAAACAGACAACCUCUUUAUCAACAACAACAACAUUAUCUUUAUGUGCAUGAUAGAACAACUAAACCGGAGGAUACUCUAGAAAAGUUUAUGCAAGCUUCUUUGACUUAUAAAAAAAAUACAGAAGCUUUAAUCAGGAACCUUGAAACACAAGUUAGACAGUUGGUAAAACAGUUAUCAGAUCAGCAGGCAGGUCAAUUUUCAGCCAACACACAGACUAAUCCCAAGGAGCAUUGUAAAUCAAUUACCACUAGAAGUGGUAAAAUUGUGGGAAGAGGGAUUGGAGACAAACUAGGUGUAGAGGAGCAAGUUUUGGAGGAAAAAUAG